AUGCUAUCAGCAGACUGGCCUAAUAUGAACAACGGCCAAGAAGAGCUGGAUUUACUGAAUCGCAGAGUAAAAGCACUUCCACUAUCUGAGCUUCGUCCAGAUAUUCUAGCUGAACUCCUUCGAAGUGGUGACAUCCCUGAGUGUCCAAAGUCGGAGAAGGCAUUGGAUGAACUCUUGGAGCAUCUCCAAGCCGGGAAUAAUGAUGUAGAAAAAACAGUGCUGCCGAUAUUCUACGGUGUCGAUCCCUCCGAUGUACGGAAUCAAACCGGAUGUUUUGCAGAUGCCUUUGCUAACUAUGAGAAUAAGUACAAGGAUGAACCACAAAAGGUAGAAACCUGGAGAGCUGCUUUGAGAAAACUGGCAAACCUCGCUGGCUGGGAUUCAAACGGCUGUUGCUUCAUCCUCUCACUUUUAUAG